AUGAGCUUCAUCCCCGGACCCUACCUCUCCGCUAUCCAUAGAUACACGGCACCAGCAUCCCUCAUUGCGACCCUCACAACGUUCCUGAUAGCGAGUAUAUCUGACCCCGGUACAGUCACAUCCGCUACAGUGCAGCAGACCCAGGCAGUGUACCCAUACGAUGGAGUCAUCUACACCAGACGAGUCUGCUCCUCCUGCAAGAUACCCAGGCCAGCACGAGCCAAGCACUGCAGGGUGUGCAACCGUUGCAUCUCCAGAUUCGACCACCACUGCGGAUGGGUGAACAACUGUGUUGGGGAGAACAACCUUCGUUACUUCCUGCUCUUCCUCUUUGCAAACAUCUGCUUUUUGGCGUAUGGUGUGUUUGGAGUCUGUUCUAUCCUGGCUGGCGAAAUCACCCGCAGCAAAGUCAUCACUGCCAUCAUAGACCAUGAUCCGUCCAGGACUCGCGUUUUCGGCUGGCUUCCUAUCCUCGUUCAGUGGCUCACAGUCUAUUUCCACCGCCAGUGCGCGCUGCUCCUCUUCUUCCUCGUCAUCCUCGUGGUGCUCUCCUGCUUCCUCCUCUACCACCUCCACCUAGUUGCUACCAACGUCACCACCAACGAGACGUACAAGUGGGCUGACUAUCGGCGGUGGGUGUCCCAUGAAGCUUCCAGGAUGCUGCAGCAGAAUCAACGGGACGAGGAGGAAGUAAGGAGGAGAGCGGGAGCAGAGAGCGGUGAGGUGGAGAAGAAGGGGGAAGGCUCAACACACAAAAUGAGGGUAAUGGAACAUGAGGAAGAGAGGAUGGAAGGGGUGGUAAGGAGGAAGACUGAGGGGGAGAAGAGGGAGAAGAGGGAAGAGGGGGAGAAGGAAGGGGGAAAGGAGAUGGUAGUGAGGGAAGCUGAGGGGGGGCAGGAGGAGGAGGCGAGCGUGUUCACAGAAUUUGGGUCGAUCCUGCUAGCGUUCCCGUAG